AUGAAGUUCUCGAGCGAUCGAUCUUCCCCGUCGCCCGUCUCCACGCCCGACGACGACGCGCCCGCGAGGCACGGAGACGUGGAGACGCUCCGCCGACUGACGCGCGAGGCGUUCGGGGAGAUCACCUCCAUCCGCGAUCGCGUUCGGGCGGUGGAGCGGAAUCUCGCCACCGAGCGCGCGAGCCGCGCGAGCGAACGGGUCCGGGUGGACACGCGCGCGGGACGAUGCUGGGGGGUCGGGCACGCGGGCGCCGUGGCGGCGACGCGCCCGGGUCUUGACUGCGCGACGACGGUGGAGGCGCCGUUCCCGGGGGGGGAUUCGAUGACGGCGCGAUUCUCGACGACGACGACCGCCGCCGUCGACGACGCCGACGCCCCCGCCCCAUCCCCGUACGAGCGCGUCGCCAACGUCGCCAACGUCGCCAACGUCUCCUCGCACGCGCCGACCGUGACCCUGGAGAAGCUCAUGUACAGAAAGAGGGUCGGGCGCGACGGAUGGAUCAGGUUGGCGCCGGUUGGGGGCGAGGGCCAGGACGCCGCCGCCACGCUCAACCCGUUCUCCCCCGGCCGCGGCGUCGCCCUCACGAACCUCGCCGCGGUGGGUUCCCCCACGCUCGCGGAGUGCCGCGGCACCGCGCUCUGCGCGUCGUACGACUUCGCCGACGCCCUCUUCGGCGUGUCCGGCGGCUUCUUCUCCGGCGAGGAACCGUUUGAAGACGGCGGCGGGUACCAGCCCCGGCGGCUCGCGCAGGUCACCGCGAGGCCGGGCACACGGGCGGCGAUGUCGCUCGCGGUGGCGGAAGGACCGAGGCGAGGCGCGCGCGGGUUAUCGAUGAGCGCCGCGGGUUUAUUCGCCGUCGGCGAGAGGACGCUGUUGUCGGCGUGGGCGUCCACCGCGAAGCUCUUCGGGCAAUACGCCGACGACGGCGACGAGGACGCCGGCGGGUGGGGCCUCGCCGCGACCGCGCCGCCGAAGGACGUGUCGAGGAGCAGCGCUGGGACCGCGAGGGACGCGGUGCGCGGGUGGGGCUGGGGCGUCGUGGUCGGAAAGGAGCCCGGGGAGUCGGCGCCGACGCAGAUCGAGGCGUUUGCGAGAAUCGGCGACGAACGCGGCGGGGGUAUCAACGAGCGAACCCUGUGCCCCGGGAUCGUCGCGACGAGGGACGCGUAUGACGGGCGGUGGGACGUCGCGGCCGCGUGUAGGGUCGAGAUCAAGUUCUCGUGA